AUGUCCGCCGAUGCCUUGACAGUCGAGACUUUCACUGAAUAUGGAAUUGGCAUGCUCUUCCUCUUAGUCCGGCUAUUUGCCCGACUAAAUAUAGGAGGCCUUCGCGGGCUCCAGCUGGAUGAUGCUUUUGCUGUUGCUGGCAUGCUAUUUUGGACCACGAUGACUGCUAUCAUCUAUCUGCUGGGGGUGUAUGGAAACAACAUCGGACUAGACGAGCAAACAGCUAUGCUUGUCCCAGACAGCAAAAUAUCUGAUAUGAUCCUCGGAUCGAAGCUGGCUUUCAUGAACUGGAUAUGGUACAUCUGCUAUAUUUGGUGUCUAAAGGGUGUUCUUCUAUGUCUUUACUGGAAACUCACGUAUGUCAACUUGUCACCCAUCAACGGUCUAUUGAGCAUAUCUAAGACUUCACAGACACGGAACCUGGCACCGUCACCUAGUUACAGCAACUGCAGCAUUUUGCCUGAUUACCUGGUUGAUUUGCCUCUUGACGCAUACAACUGCACUCUCCGCGGACCUCUUUACAUUGUCAUCGCCGUCUUCAACGUAGUGCAAGUCACCUCCAAAAGGCCCCAGAGCCCAGAACCCCAUACUAACACUAUGAUAAACAGAUCCGACACCUGCAUACUCCUCAUCCCAAUCCCAAUCCUCGCCAAACUUCAAAUCCCAAUCGAACGCAAAAUAAUCCUGGUUGUGAUGUUCUCCUCGGGAGUCUUCAUUAUGAUCUGCACGAUUCUACGCGCCUACUACUCACUUUCAUCGAUCACAAACCUCGGCACAGCACUUGGCUGGGCAGACCGCGAAUGCUUCGUCGCAGCCAUCGUCGUCUCCCUACCCGGCAUCAAACCGCUCUUCCGCAACACGCGCUGGCUGGGCUCGACGAACCGCAAGAACUCUAAGAGCCACUACUACAACAGUGAUGCGUGCAAUGGAACUUCCGGGAAGACGAAGACGUUUGUUUCGUCGCGGUCUCGGAAGAGUGGCGGGUUUGAGCUGGACAGUGUCCUGAAUGCAAAUAAGGCGAGACGCGCUUCCGGGGCGGAAAGUGAGGAGUAUAUUCUUGAGGGAAAUCAGGGCCUGGGAGUUAGUGAUGGACAGCAUGACCCCAUGGCUAUUCGGGUCACGACGGAGUAUACCCUUAAGCAUGAACAGGGGAGUUCUUAA